UUAAUUUACAACAACAACACUGGUCUGAACAUCAGGCUACUAUAUAGGAUUUUAUACAAGCCUUAAUAGCAUCCGAAUAUAAGGAGUCUAGCUAAAUCUGACUGGAGUUCAACGUCCAGGAUGCAUCGGGAGAGAAGGGUUUUCUCGGCUGUCUUUGUGCUCUGCGCGUUAUGGGGCAGCGCUUUGUCUGUGACGCGGUAUUCCAUACCCGAAGAGAUGGAGAGAGGAUCUGUAGUGGCCAAUUUAGCCGCAGAUUUGGGACUGGAACUUGCAGGUCUGGCUCAUCGCGAGGUAAAACUUGAUAUUUUCCAUAGCAAGAAGUUCUUGGACGUCAUCAAAAAGACAGGUGAGCUGUAUAUUGUAGAGAAAAUAGACAGGGAGUAUCUUUGUACUACUAAGACUACCGACUGUUUUUUAAAAUUGGACGUUAUCAUUGAAAGCCCUUUACGCAUAUUUAACAUAGAAUUGGGAAUAACAGAUAUUAAUGAUAACGCACCUCAUUUUCGCAGGGACAGAAUAGAGCUUGAUGUUUCAGAAUCAGCUACAGCAGGAGAGAAAUUCUCCCUUCCUAAUGCAGUGGACCCGGAUGUUGGUAUAAAUACAGUCAAAACCUACCAGCUCAGUGCUAGCGAGCAUUUUACCAUAGAAAUCCAGACUGGGAGUGAUGGUACUAAAUAUGUUGACCUGGUCUUGACAAAGGCUUUAGACCGGGAAGAGCAAGCCGUUCAUAACUUAAUACUCACGGCUGUAGAUGGCGGGGUCCCAUCGCAAUCUGGUACAGCUAAUAUCGUUGUUAGAGUGCUGGAUACAAACGACAACGCCCCUAGAUUCGACCGUUCGGUUUAUUCCAUUAAUGUGACAGAAAACUCCGCGAUUGGAACGCUAGUAAUGAAGCUAAACGCCACAGAUUUAGAUGAAGGGUCAAAUGCAGACAUCAAGUAUUCAUUCACACUUUACACGUCAGAGAAAACACAAUACGUAUUUGCACUGAAUCCAAACACAGGGGAGAUAACAGUGAAAGGAACUAUUGAUUAUGAAGAUAUGAAGUUUUACGAGAUGCAUGUUGAGGCUAAGGACAAAGGACAGCAUCCCCUAUUGGGUCAAUGUAAAAUUGUAGUUGGCGUUACAGAUACAAACGACAACUAUCCAGAGAUAACCGUUAAAUCAUAUAAGAGUACAGUUAAUGAGAACAUUCCAGUUGGGACGGUCAUAGCAAUCGUGGGUAUAAGCGACAGGGACACAGGUGACAAUGGCAAAAUGAACCUAUCUAUAAACCAACAGGUGCCAUUUAUUUUGGACAAGUCGUCUGACUUCCUUUACGAGCUCAUUGUCUCGGAAACAUUAGAUCGUGAGAAAGUUCCAGAAUAUGAUAUCACGCUCGUUGUGACGGACGGAGGAAGGCCCUCCUUGUCUGAUAAUGAAACGAUAACUUUACAUCUGUUGGACGUCAAUGACAACGCGCCACUCUUCCCCCAGUCGUUCUACACUAUGCCCGUUAUGGAGAAUAACGCGCCUGGGGCCUUGCUAAGUUCCCUCACUGCGUUUGAUCCAGACCUCCAUGAAAACCAGUAUCUAGUUUAUUUCAUCAUAGAGAAGGAGAUAGUGAACACCUCCAUUUCCAUGCUGUUUUCCAUCAAUCCUGAGAACGGUAAUCUUUACGCACUAAAGACGUUUGACUAUGAGAUAGAGAAAGAGUUCCUUUUCCACAUUGAGGCCAGAGACUCUGGUGUUCCUCCGCUCAGCAGUAAUGUGACUGUCCACAUCAUCAUUGUUGAUCAGAACGACAACACCCCGGUCAUAGUCUCUCCGUGGCGCGUGCACGGCUCCGUGGUGGAGGAAAAGAUUCCCAGAUCCACCGAUAAAGGAUCCCUGGUCUCCAAGGUGAUAGCCAUAGACACGGACUCGGUCCAGAACUCUCGGAUUACAUACCAGUUUCUACAGGUUACUGACGCCACCUUAUUCAGUCUGGACCAAUACAAUGGAGAUAUCCGGACCAUGAGAAUGUUCAGUUACAGAGAUCCGCGUCAUCAACGGCUGGUUGUCAUCGCCAAGGACAACGGGGAGCCUGCUCUGUCUGCUACAGUUACCAUCAAGCUGUCAACAGUGGAGACUGCCGUUAAAGCCUACUCUGACAUGACUGAAGUGCCUCUAGAAUAUGACAUAUUUUCAGACUUAAACCUCUAUUUGGUGAUCGGCUUGGGCUCGGUGUCCUUUCUGUUAUUGAUCACCAUAUUAGUCACCUGUGUGCUGAAGUGUCAGAAACCGAUGCCCAGCAAAGCGGCUCCUCCCAGUAGGAACAGCGUGAUCAGUGAUAGGAACUCGACCAUCGCAGAUUCGACUCUGGUCUCCAACGAUGCCUACUGGUACAGUAUGUUUCUAGCAGAGACCAGGAAAGGAAAGCUGGUAGUCAGACAGCCUGUGCCAAAGGCGGGCUCCAGAUACAUUGUGUCCAGUUUACCCAGGAGCACCCGCCUGACAGAGACCAGCGAAUCAGCAGCCUCUACUCUGCAGGUAAGAAAACAAUCUUAA